GAUAAAGAUACUAGCGUGGUGCGUAGAGAGUUUACAAUCUAUGUCCCGUGUCAGUAAGGUUAAUUCAUCGAAAUGACUGAAAGUAAAGCAGAAACGGCUCCUAAGCCGGCUAAAGAACUGUUGGCUCUGAACCCCAAGCAGGAGUCUGAGUUCAAGAAGAAGGUGCAGGAGGCGAAGAAGAACAAAUCCAGCAAGGGGAGCCAUUUGACCCCUGGAGUGAUUUAUGUCGGGCACCUGCCACUUGGGCUGUUUGAACCUCAGCUCAAAACGUACUUUGGACAGUUUGGUAAAGUCCUGAGGCUGCGGCUGUCCAGGAGUAAAAAGACAGGUGGAAGCAAAGGCUAUGCAUUUGUUGAGUUUGAAUGUGAUGAAGUAGCCAAAAUUGUUGCAGAGACCAUGAAUAAUUACCUCAUGGGUGAGAGACUCAUCAAAUGUAACGUGAUGCCACCAGAGAAAGUGCAUGAAAAGCUGUUUGUUGGCUCUGAAAGGGAAUUUAAAAAACCCUCACAUCCUGCUGUAGCCCGCUACAACAAGAAACACACAGAAGAGCAGAUCACCAAGCUGAAAGACAAACUCCUGCGGAAAGAAUCGAAGCUCCGCAAGAGGCUUGCAGCACGUGGCAUUGACUAUGACUUCCCCGGAUUUGCGGCCCAGGUCCCUCAGAAGAAAAAGCUGUCUGAUUCCAUGAAUGCGUCUACAUGUAGUGAUGACACCACACCAGUCUGCACCCCGUCUCUCCUGGAGAGGAGGAAGUCCAUGGUCAUUGACGAAGACGAUGCAGAUGAUGAAAUUGUCAUUAAGAUGCCAGCUGUAGAGAAAGAGGAAGAGUGCUCCUCCUCAGAGGAGGAAGAUAGUGACAAUGAGGAGGAGGAGGAUGAUGAUGACUCAAAGAGCGAGGAACCCUCUGAAGAGGACGCGGAGGCGGAGUGAAAGUCUUGUUUUAUUGUGGACUUGGUUCUCUGUCAAAGUACAGAGAUGUAUCAGGAUCAUGUGUGGUCUUCCAUUUGCUUUGAGAGUCACAGGACAACGUUGAACUGUGUUUAGAAAUCACAGAAUGUCUUUCAGUAUGUGGCUAUCACGUUACAAGAAGCUCUUGUGAAAUAUUCCACCAUAAUUGUGGGUAGGACAUCAGUUGGUACCUUGGAUGGUGUUUGCAAAUCCUUCAUAAUGAUCCUGAUUAAUGGGCAGCAAUUUUGCCUGGACUUAUUUAACAGUAAAUGUGCAUUUCAGUCCUGGACUAAGCCCUUUCCUUUACCAUACAGGGCUGGAAUGUUAAUAGAACAGACAGCAACAUUAUUAUUUUUGCUUAAUAACCGCUUGUCUAAAAAUGUGGUUAAAUUUCUACUAUGUAAAGUAUGAUCUUUAAAAAUAAAUGAUGUAAAAAUGUG